CACUGGACGGCCGUCAUGCCACUCACACGCGGCAGCGCCACGUCACUUCUCUGCUACCGGCUCUACACCGUCGGCGUUAUAGUCCUGAACUUGUCAUUUUUCGCAUCCACGGUCAUAGUCUUGUACAGCGAGGGCACAGCAGACCUGGACGUUUUCACUCUGACGCUCAGCGUCGCAGACACAAACGGCACCUGGCUCUUCCGCAUGGCGCACACCUUUGUGUGCGAGCGUGCCUUCCAUAAGCUCUCUCAUCAGGUGGGUGAUGACUUCGCUGAGUUCCUGACUUGGGACGACAUUCCGAUGCUACGCGCGCAGUGUCGCGUUAUGCGUCGAUUCACGCUGACCUACAUCUGGUUCGGCAUUAUUGCCUGCGCCUACUACCUGGUCUCGCCCGUGAGCGCUGAGGGCCUGCCCUUCAUACUCGCUUUGCCCAUUGAUGCGAUGCAGCCGGUCGGCUUUGCCGUCACGUGGCUCUACUGCACCGUGGUGACCCUCCAUGCUGUGGUGAUGACCAUGGUGCUCGACUCCUUCAAUGUCAGCCUCAUCUCGCAGCUACGUGUACAGCUCACACUGCUCAACAAGAAAAUUGUCAGUCUCGCCAGAGAGAUGUCGGAGAGAACAGAUAACUCUUCAGAAACGACUGACCAUGCUGAACUUCAUUAUCGACUGCAGAAGUGUAUCCUCCAUCACCAAGCAAUUAUUAAGAACGCAGACUUGUUGGAGAGCAGCCUGGCAGGGAUGCUACUGGCGCAGAGCAUGUCUAUCGGCGCCUCCACUUGCUUCCAGAUGUUCCAACUUGCUACGCGAACAAACGGUAUGCAACAGACUGGGAAAUCCGGCAGCUACUUGAUUGCAAUGCUUGCGGAGCUCUUUGUGUACUGCUACUUUGGAGAUGAUCUCAUUAAUGAAAGCGAGAACGUGGCGCUGGCAGCUUACGACGCUGUGACGUCACUGCAGGAGUGUCCCCUGUCCAUCAAACGUUCGCUGCUGCUCCUGAUGCACCGCGCGCAGCGCCCGCUGCGCAUCACCGCCGGGGGGUUUUUCCCACUUUCCAGGGAGUCCUUUGUCUCGGUCGUCAACGUGUCGUACUCAUUCUUCGCCAUUCUACGGAAUUUCAAGAAUGAAGGGGAGUAG